AGAUGAGUUCCUAGCUUCUUAUAGUAAUCCUGCUCUCUUUCUCAUGAUCAAGCUCUCGCUCCUACGUGUAUACUACUUGGGUAGAGGUAACAACACUGUUAGCUCCAUCUUUCGGGCUGCAAAUCUUAUUUCCGUUUAUGGCACUGAUCCUAUCUGUGCCUCGAAGUCUCAAAUUUCACCGGCACCAUUCAGGAUGAGUUCAAUGCUUCCAUGUCCUCUGGACUCAGAACUGACCUUUCCGACGUCCAAAGUACGACAACCUUCAUUCUCAUGCGAAUCCCGAGUCCUGUGCACUUGUCUACUGCUUGGCACCGAUGUCAACCAUGUACAGUAACUCAGAUGUACAACUCGGAGCACGCACAUUCCGACUCGGAAUCAGUGCAUCAGCACUGUUGUAUCACAAUCUUUGUGCUGGGCUAUAUUCUGCAAUAUUUCACUUCGAUCCCAAUUUCCAAAACGCCGCCAAUGGCAUCAACAUUAGCGGCUUUCGUGCGACGAACACUAGUGCGGCUAGUAGUGCUAGAUAGAACGUCAGCGCAGAGAGUCAGCCAUCAAAUUGCUCAGAUGACUGGCAAUCACGGCAGGCUGUGCCGGAAACAAGGCGGGAAACGAUCCAUGCACUGCCACGUCAGAACAUCGGUCAGGAGACGGCCGACGCCUCACAGCACAGUGCGUAUAAUUGGAUGCUCGAAACACGAGAAGGGACGUUGUCAGAGACACCUUGUUUGCACGAGCAACAGCGGUCACGAUGCUCAACGAAAGAUCGCGAAAGCCAAGAACAGAAAUUCUCAGGAGAUUCGAGGCAUCACGGAUAAUAUAUGAUAUUCGGGGUAAUAAAGUCUAUCAUAGCAUAUGGGGUAACCUGAGGUGGCAUGCGCAACCGCGUGCGAUGUAUCAUUUUACUUACUCUC